GAAGAAUACGUCAUCAUUGUGCGUCCUCCGUACAGACAGCGCUGGGUCCAUUCUUAGAUGUUUUAUCAUUUGAUUCAGUGCUCGGAAGGUUUUGUUUCGUCCACGGCCAUCCGUCGAGGUGCUGGUUUUAUGCGCUGCGGUUACAUCUUUUAGCUAAAACUAAUUUAACUCACGUAUAAACAUGGAGUCGAGCGAGACCAGCGAGGAGAAGACGAGCUCCAUCUCGGUGGCGCAGCGGAGAGCAGAGAUCCGGAGGAGAAAGCUGCUUAUGAAUUCAGAGGACAGAAUGCAAAGAAUCGUGGGCUUCUCCAAAAACGACUCUGAAAAUAAUGGAGCCUCCCGGCGUCCCACAGAGCCCCGCUUCCACCUUGAUCUUGACAGGACAGAGCCCUGGUCUUCAUCUUCACAGAGACCAUCUCCCUUCCUUCCAGAGUCUGCAGGGCAUGGCAGCCACUCUCACACUGCCACCCCAGAGAGGAGGGGCUCACCACUGCCAGACUGCAGUGAGCCGCUCGGAGCAUCUUUGGAAGACGACAUUGGAGGUCUCAGACAGAGACCAAAGGGAGAACGGGGAGCAUCGGAUGACCACAGUGGCUCCCCGCGCAGAGGUCUUCAGAAGUACCUGUCCCGUUUUGACGAUGCCAUGAAACUUCGAGGUCAGCUGGUCAGUGAGAAGCCAGCUCAGGAUGGAGGGCCCGACUCAGACGAGUUUGAUCCCUUCAGGGUCUUCAGGCUCGUUGGUAGCAUCCUCCUUGCUGUGUUUGUCAGGGUUUUUGUCUGCAAGUAUCUGUCAAUUUUUGCUCCGUUUCUUACUCUUGAACUGGCCUACAUGGGAUUGUCCAAAUACUUUCCAAAGGUCGAGAAGAAGACCAAGACCACUGUGCUGACUGCUGCCCUGCUGCUGUCCGGCAUCCCCGCUGAAGUCAUCAACCGCUCCAUGGACACCUACAGGAGGAUGGGGGACGUCUUCUCAGAUCUCUGCGUGUACUUCUUUACCUUCAUCAUUUCUCACGAGUUCUUAUUGCUCAUAGGCUCAGAGACUCCCUGAUGGACGAGGAGGACCUCCGUAACCCCACCCCGCCUCCUCUUAUUGCUCCCCCCCCCCCUCCCUUUCUGUUCCAUAGCAACAAGGCAUGCUCAUUUGUGCCCUCUGGUGCUGCUUUCUUGUUGACAGUCUAAGAAUGAAUCCUUUGCUGCCUUACGAUCAGGGCUGCACUCCUCCUGGACAGGUGCUUGUUGUUUCACCUCUUCAGGAUUCUUCUAAAACGCUAAGCUACAUGAGACCACAGAGUCCAGAGUUUGUUACAGACCUGCAGGUUGCUGUUACUCUGAACAGAAGCUAAAAAAAAAAAAAAACCAGAGGGACAGGUUGUGUUUUGUGAGUGUGUGAG